AUGAAAAUGGGCGAUACAAAGAAUUCUAAUAACAGUGUCAGUUCUUAUAAGAACGGUGGCAAGAAAAAUGGUAAUGUUGACAAGACAAAGAUGGGCGGCAAAAAUGAAAGCACUAAAAAUAGGUCUGAUACUAACAGCAACAGCAGUAGUAAUAAAAAUCUUAAGAAUAAAACUGGAAGGAAGAGUGUAAACAACGGUGUUACUUCCAAAAAUUCAGGCACCAAGUCUCCAAAGCAAGAAGUUCAAACUGAAACCAUGAGGUCUGCCAACAACAACAACAACAACAGGGGCAAUAGAUCCAAAAUGGUUGAUAGUACUACACAGACAUCUACUCCUCUUAGACUUCAUCUCGAUGGCAUGUUUCAUGAUACCGCUGGCGGCUACCAAAGACCUAGCCUCAACUCAGUUGAGAGUGAAUGUACUGAGGAUGAAGAAGAUGAUGAGCUGGUAAGUGAACUCGGUGCUCCCUCUUCACCGUUAUCGUCACACAGAUCGAGUGCACGCGCAUCAUUUAGUAACAAGGAACUCGGUUAUGGUUACAAUUUUAAAUUCGAAUGGGCGCAAAGUUUGAAAACACAACAGAUUUUAGUACCCACAGAAUUGAAACCUAGAUGCUUCCAAGACUUGGAAAACUCCCAUGAGCACAAAUUGUUAAGAUUAACAGAUCAAUUGAAUGAGCUCAUGACCACCACUCAAGACAAUCAGUAA